GUGUAUUCCGAUCGACCACGCGAGUACGCGAACGACACACGUUCACGCUCCACCGCGCCUACGUCCACCUCGGCUGGCUAACGGAGAGUUGAGUUGUCGCGCGCGCGCCUCAGCCACCGAGCCAGUUUGUCAGCCUCGCAGUGCCAGUCUCGCAGAUUCAAGACUCAAGACUCGAGGUCUCGUGGUCCCAAACCCAUUCCAGAACGCCACGCCGACGUUAAGCUAACCGGCCUACCGCCUCGACCCUCCCCGUGCGGUCACCAAAAUGGGCUUCCUCCACCUCCCGCGCCCUAAUAAGAAGGCGCGCGUCUCUCUCGACCGCCCCACAUCUUGGCUUGUGCUGCCCGACUGGCUCGACAGCAAGUCUACAUCCUCCCCCUUCUCUCACCUCGCCACCUCUCGAUCCUCUCCAACCGCGAACUCUCCACAGCCUCGGACUCGCGCAUCUCGCUCCUUAUCCAAACGCAUAAUCGAACGCUGGGCGUCCAACUUUGCUCCCACAGACAAGCGCACGGUCCCAGGCACCCACCCGAUCGGAACUCGGCGCACAAAGCACACCGGCCGCCGCACCAUGUCCCCCGAGACAACCAUGUCCCUGCCGCCCGGCGCGGCGGCGCCGAUGCUGGGCCGCGUGCUCGACUACGACUUGAAUGACACGGCGUUCUUCUCGCGUCCCUCGAUCCACUUCCGGUCCGACGAGGGCGGGGAGCCGACAAUCCGGUGCAUGAGCAUGUCGCUGGACGCGUACAUCUCGGGGCCGCAUGUUUCUGCGCACAACAACGUAAGUGCCGUGUUUCGAGAUGGUCUGGAUGCGCGAGAGCGAGGCCCGAAUUUUUGGAGACAUUGUGGAUCGAGGGUGGGGGGGAGGAAAGGAGAUUGGGGGACUGCCCGGAAGAGUAUGGGGCCAGGCACGGGGCUCUGCGGAGAUUGAAUGCGGAACUCCGGAACCGGAAGGGGGGUUUGAAGAUAUUCUAUGAGGCACGGGGGGCACGGGCACUGCGCAGGCACCGAGGGGGAGCAAGGGUCCCGAGAAGCCUCAAAUUCGGAUGGAGGGCGCACGGGCAGAGGAGGCGGUCAAGACGGGCAGGGUCUUUGGGGUAAGGGGGUGAAGAUUUAGGGUGUAUGGGAGGGAUGACAAUCCU